GUAGGAUAUAAAGGAUCUGGAGGGCCCGUCCCUCCUUCCCGUUGGGCUUUUAUUUAUUUAUCGGGAUGACCUCUCGUCGUAUUCAUCCCAUGCAUAUGUUUUCUUGCCGCUUCCAUGCAGUACCCCCUCUCUCCCCAGACGGCUCUCACUUGUCUGAGGGUGUCUCCAACCAAUAACAGAGACCUAGCUUCCUUCCUGCCUCUCCUUUUCUCGGACUGAAGAGGGCAAGAAGAAAAUUCAGGUUCGGUUCGUCUCGUUGUUCGCAUAACCCAAGUCUGGAUGAACCAUCCCACGCCAAGAUGUGCCUCGACAAACGGCCUCUCUACCCUGACCUCCCCGACCGAGCCAGCCCGCAAAAAGCAGAUAUGGCGAACACGACCGCGGAUGCGAUGGACCCAAAGACUAUAGAGACUCAGACCAUGAUCACAGCCUUGAAAGGAACGGUCAUUCGGGUCCCAAACCUCUACGGCAUUCUCAAGGGGUGGCCAGUGAAGGCUAACAUCAACUACAAGCGUCUCAUUCCCGUCAUCGAAAAUACUUUUGACAGGUAUUUCCUACAAACUGUUUAUUUGGAGAAAUUAAGACUAACGUCUUAUUGUAAAAUAAGACUCGUCAAGCCGUCUAAGCUGCGGGAGAAGUACCGGAAGGCCAAUUAUGCCCGCUUCGUCAGUCUGUACUACCCUCAUCCUGAAUGGGACCAAGUUCGGAUCCUGGCGCUUUACAUCAUUUGGUUGUUCUGCUGGGACGACGCCAUCGAUCAGCAGGGAACCAGUGACUUGAGCAACGACAUCCUCCACGCCAAGGCUCAUCGAGACAACACCAUCAAAGUGCUUGAGCAUUCCCUUGGCCUUGCCCCUCCCAAGACCAAAUUAAGCUUUGAGCUUCAAAAUGCCAAUCCCGAGUUGAAGGUGAUUGGAGACAAGCUACAGAUGGCCUACUCUCUUGAACAGAGACAGACAUUCAUGACUCAGAUGCGGCGCUAUAUCGACAACUGCCACGAGGAACAGAAAAUGCGUCUCCAGGGCACACUUCCUGACAUUGAGUCGUAUUCCGACCUUCGACAUGGCACGGCUGCGGUCUGGACUCUGUGCGCUCUGAUCGAGUAUGGUCUAUCGGACAACAUUCCAAAGGAUAUCCGGCGCAUGGGGCAGAUGCAAACCAUAUGGUCAGAGACAAGCAGGGCCAUUUGGAUCACAAAUGACAUUCUUUCUCUCCGGAAAGAGAUUCCUAAGGAAGGCAGCGAGAGCAUUGUGAAUGCCAUCCCCAUACUUAUGCAGCACAAGGGUAUAUCCCCUCAGCAGGCUGUCGAUGACCUCCUUGCUGAGCUGGCUACCUCAGUGACGGUCUUUGAGGAGGCAGCUGGUAUUUUAGAGGAGUCGGCUGGCAAGGGGGGGCAGGAGUUGAUGAAGACCUACUGCGAUGCAUGUCGUUGCAUGGUCACUGGAUCCAUCCAGUUCACAUUGGAAUCUUCCCGCUACAAAUUGGAGGGCUGCUUGAAUGAGGACGGUUCUUUGGACAUUUUGCUUUGAUGCAUAAAAUGGCGUUAGGACUUGACAAAGGCAUGGAUGGGUACGCAGGAAGGCGUUGGACAGUUACCCCUGAACAACGCUUGCUUUACCAAUUGGGCUUCAUAUCAGGGGUUUGCCCUGUUGAUGAAAGCAAACGGUCGCCAUGUAAUAAUGGAUAACAAACAAAUGCACACUGAACCGAGGCAGCUGCAGCCGGUUAUCAGCGGAGGUGAGAUAUCUUGCUAGUCCAAAGAAAACAGGGUGGUGGCUUCUGCCCUACAGAGGUUGCAU